CCCCGAGCGUUCGCCGGCCUAGUGACGUGCCGGAUCCCAAUCGCCUAUUGAACGAACUAUCGAUGUUUAGUGUUGUACUCGAGUGUCCAACAUCUGUGUUUUUGUGCUUUUCUGUAUCUUUAUCUAGUGUUUUUGGAUUAUUUGUGGGACUUGCACGGGAGGUGGUUCUCUUGGAGAAGAUGGCGUAGCGUAAUGGAGGGGGAGUGCUCGGAGGGCGGGGAGGGGUGGCUGCUGGUGCGCGUGCACGUGCCUGAGCUCAACGUACAGAAGAGCCUGCAGUUCCCAAGGGACCAGCUCGUCUGGGACGUCAAGCAGCAGUGCCUCGCCGCUUUGCCCAAGGUGGCCACUUGGUACAGGGAGCUGAAAGAGAGCUUCAACUAUGGUCUAUUCUGCCCGCCGGUCAACGGCAAGGCUGGCAAGUUCCUGGACGAGGAGCGUCGUCUCGGCGACUACCCCUUCAACGGCCCAGUUGGUUAUCUUGAGUUAAAGUAUAAACGUCGCGUUUACAAGAUGUUGAAGUUGGACGAGAAGACCUUGAAGACGGUGCACUCGCGCGCCAACCUUCGCCGCUUCCUCGAGCAUGUGGCGCACGCGCAGCUCGACAAAAUCACCAAGGCCUGCGCCAAGGGACUCGACCCCAACUUCCACUGUCAGGACACCGGAGAAACGCCUCUAACUGUAGCAGCGGGUAUCAAGUCCCCUGCCAAAGUUCUUAUAGCACUCGUCAAUGGCGGAGCUCUUUUGGACUACCGGACAAAAGAUGGCAGCACCGCUAUGCACCGGGCAGUCGAGAAGAACUCUCUAGAAGCAGUCAAAACCCUGCUCGAACUCGGAGCUUCGCCUAAUUACAAGGAUAGCAAAGGACUAACGCCACUAUAUUUGUCUGUCACGAAUAAAACAGAUCCUUUACUGUGCGAAACAUUGCUGCACGAUCACGCAACUAUUGGGGCAACCGAUUUACAAGGAUGGCAAGAAGUACAUCAGGCGUGUCGCAACGGUCUGGUACAGCAUCUCGACCAUCUGCUGUUCUACGGCGCGGAUAUGAACGGCCGAAACGCGUCUGGUAACACGCCGCUGCACGUGUGCGCUGUCAACGCACAGGACUCCUGCGCAAGGCAGCUGCUAUUCCGCGGCUGCGAUAAAGAGUCCCUCAACUUUGCCAACCAAACUCCCUAUCAGGUAGCGGUAAUAGCUGGAAAUUUAGAUUUGGCAGAAGUGAUAAAGAACUACAAAACCGAAGAAAUCGUGCCGUUCCGCGGUCCACCUCGCUACAACCCGAAGCGGCGGUCUGCGGCGUGGGGCGGCUGGUGGAGCGCGGGGGACAGGACCUCGCUGGCCUCCUCCACCAGGAUCCCUGCAGAGCUAGACGCGCUGCUGCGGCGGCCGCCUAUCUCGACCAGCUCGCCAUGCAGCCUCGACAGACCCUUUUCCUCCGCCUCUUCCAGCAUCAGCGACGCCAGCCACCCCAGUCACGAGGACGAUGCCAGUAUCCUCACAGAUAAGAGCGGAGGAGAGGUCAGCGACGUGGUAUCUGAGUCGAGCGGCGUGGGCACCAGCGCCUCCGAUACGGGCAGCGCGCCGCCGCCGCCGCCACCCGGCGCCACCGCCGUCUGUCUGCGCCCGCACGACCCCGCCGGGCCCGGUCACCUUCGCCUCGCACAGGGCGACAUCGUCGAAGUGACGGGGUCUACAGAGGACGGCAUGCUAGAGGGCACUGUGCGGGGGUCGGGCGCGAGCGGCCUGUUUCCAGCGCAGUGCGUCCAGGAGGUGCGCUUGCGCCAGAACACGGCACAUUUACAUCAGGUGCUGUCGUCGGGUCCCAUACACCACUCGCGCGUAUCGGGCCGCCGGGAUAUGGCGCUCAGCAAGACUUACAGCGCCACCGCACCACGGAUAAAGAAAAAUUACGGCAACAUGGAGACGCGCACGGUGGUGCUGCACCGCGCGCGGCGCGGCUUCGGGUUCGUGCUGCGCGGCGCCAAGGCCAGCUCGCCCCUAAUGGAGCUGCGCCCCUCCGCGCGCUGCCCCGCGCUGCAGUACCUCGACGACGUCGACGCCGGCGGUGUGGCUGACCGCGCCGGACUGCGCAAGGGCGACUUCCUUAUCGCGAUCAACGGCGAGGACGUGUCGGCGGCGUCGCACGAGCACGUGGUGGAGCUCAUCCGCAGCUCCGGCGCGCUCGUCUCCAUGACCGUCGUCUCGCUCACCACCAACGGUAACAAGCUCGGCGGGGCGUGCGCAGUGCCGGCCAGCCGCUCGCAGUCGCAGCUCAGCGCCGCCGCACGGCCCUACGCCGCCACGCUGCCGCGCAAGGCCGCCGGGGGCCGCAGCCCCGCCCCCGCCCCGCCGCGCCGCGACCCGCGCACCACGCUCAGUGUGGGCCGCGCGCGCGCCAAGUCUAUGGUGGCGGGUUUAGAAAAUGGCGGAGAGAAAGAAGAGACGUGUGAGCCGCUCAGCGCCGCCGCCAAGUCUUCCUCUGCGGAAUCCGUGCAGCUGCAUUCCAACAGUAAUAACGGUACUCCAGUGCUGGGCAUGUCGAGCAGCGUGGGGGGCGGGGCUGGGGGCGGGGCUGGGGGCGGGGCCGGGGGCGGGGCGCGCACCGCCUCCAUCCGCGCGCGCCCCGCCUCCGGCCGCAUCACCGCCGCCGAGCUCGAGGAGCUGUUCCAGCGGCAGGCGGACGCCGAAGUAGACCUCGACGCCACCGACGCGGGUUGCGGCAUGAUGACGCGGUCGGCGUUCCAGGGCGGCGCCGCCUCCCCGCAGGGCUCGCCCGCGCGACCGCAGCGCGUCUACACCUCCGUCGCAGACAUGAAGAGAAGUCGUGCUAAGCUAUGGAGCAAGUCUGGAUCGCUACGACGAGAUUUUCACUCGACGCCGGAUCUAGCGGCCGAGCUGGCGGCGCGGCCGGCGCGCACUCGCUCCAUUGAUGACGUGCACGCAGUGGGUCGCGCGCCGCCCCCCGCGGAGGCGCCGCCCCCGCCGCCGGGUGCGCCGCCCUCCUCCUUCAGGCCCAGCGCCGCCGCCAAGUUGUACGCCUCGCCGCAGGAGCUGGCGCGCGUCGCCUACCGCCCCGCCGUCCCCACCGACACACAGUCGCGCAAGGGCACGCUGCGGUCGUGGGCGGGGCGCGCGCAGUCCGCGGACGACGCCUCCCACCAGUACGCGCAGCCCUUCAACCUGCACAAGCCCUUCGUGCGACAGAAUUCAACGCCCGCGCCGCCCAUUCCCGAGCCGGACUACAGCAUGUCGGAGUCGGAGGAGGAGGAGGAGGAGGGCGCGGACAAGCCGGCGGAGACCGGCGCAGAGACCAGCGCCAACAGCAACGCCAGUGGCAGCAGCUCCGGUUCGGGCUCGAUGCAGCAUUCGUUCUCCGUGGACGAGAUUCAGAAGAUUCGGACACGGUUGAAGUCGUCGAGGUCGUGCGGCGACGAGGUGGGCGAGCGCGACGACGGCGACAACUCCUCCUCCGGCGUGUCCUCCGACCAGGAGGCGCAGGCGCGCCCGCGCCGCGACAAGGUCUCAUUCUGCACCUCCGUCACCGUCAAGUCCUCCAACGACGUCAUCAGCACCGAGCCCGUGCACAGCUCCUCCGAGAGCCUCGCGCCGAUGCAGCGCCACAACUCGCUGACGAGGAAGCGCGCCACGGCGCUGCUCCGAGGCGGUGUGGGCGUGGGCGCGGGCGGGGCGGGCGGUGCGGGGCGGGGCCGGUCUGCCGCCGAGCGUCUUGGCGUGGACGUGGGCAAGGCGCCGGGGCGACGCACGCGGGCGGCGGUGUCGCUGGCGGAGCUGCCGCCGCCGCCCGAGGAGCCGGCGGGCGCACCGGACGCCGCGCCGCUCAUCGCGCCGCCGCCGCAGUUCAGCGACCGCGUGCGCGUCGUGGCCGCGCUGCCGAAGCUUGCACAUUUACAUUAACUCAUCACGUCGUUUCUCUCUGUAUAAACUACUCUGUGCAUGAGGUAACGCGAGGUGAGCUCGACGCCCGCCCGGCCUCGACCACAUAACGCUGACGAGCUGUGUUUCUUUUGAUAGUGCUUCGGUACAUUGAUCGUAAAUCGCCGUAGCCAGAGUUAUUUUUCACUUUUUCCCUUACCUCUUUGCGAAAACUGUCUAACUUGCAUCUCUAAUUAUUUCUUUUAAUAUAUAGAUAUGUUAUUUGAAUCAGAACUCUCUGCUGGGGAACCCCGUGUGUGAAGCUUUAAUUCCCACAUCCUAGAAGCCUCACCUCCUUCAUCCCUGUAAAAACACGAAAGUUCACGAAAGUCGCGCCUUAACCGCAACUCGAUAGACCCAUUUUAACCGCAUGGAAAAUUUUUAAAGAAUAUACAUUCAUAGACACAGCUGUUAAAAUGGGUCCGUUAUUUUGCAACUAUAAAAAUUAACAACAAACCUUUUUUUAACUAAAGUAUAACAUGUUGAUGCCGAACACAAACUAUAGUAAUUCCUGGCAAAUCUUUUUCUACGCGUACGACAAUAGAUCAGCUUUUCUUUUCCUUACUUUCCCAUACAGCUUGUCUCGAGUAGACUGUAGUCGUCGCAGAUGUUCACGUUGGAUAUAAGAAGCCUAGGUAUGUGGUCGAGCUCACGUCGAGUGUUGUGCCAAAACAUUUCGAAAUUUAUCGUCACUUAUGAAAAUAUAUCGCACUUUUCCGACGUCUCGUGAGCGAUCCGAUUGGUGUUAUUCUUAUGAGCCGUAGUGUCACGUGACGUCACACGAGCGCGCGUUCUCUUGCAAAACGAAUAAUUGUAUCGAGAACUUUUUGUAAUCAAUCGACUAAAUGAAACCAAAGAUUUAUAGUAUUUAUUGUUGAGGAUUUAACAUUUUGAUAUAGCUGAAAGUAAUUUUUAUACAUUCCCUUACUGACUAGUUGUAAUACUUUUUUUCAAUGCAUGAUAACCCCUCGCCCUCUUUUAUGUAAUCUAUUGUUUUUUUUUUUAUGUUUCGUGUAUAGAAUCAUCUCCGAUGUGUCAAACGUGAAUUUUAUAUAAUAUUGUCGAUUUCAUUGUGAAAUAAAUUUUUAGAUUUUCUAUUACUUUACGACGCAACCGAGUGCCAUCGUGUCUAUUAAUUUAAAGUAUUUUUAUAUAUAAUAUACUAUUUGUAAAUAUUUGAGAGCUAUUUGAGAAGAGGUUAAAAGAGUGGGCCAGAGGCGAGCAAACAAAAAUACAUCCGGCCAGCUGAAAGGAUAUUAUAAAAAUAUUAUUAUUGAAGAUAUAAA